AUGGAGGCUAGUAAAGAAAGUGAAGACACUUGCGGAGCAGCAGAAAUGGACUGGAAAAGUGAGGAUUUCAAGAAGGUCAUGGGGAACCCUUCCAUUGAAGCAGCCAUAAAGCUGGAGAAGAAAAGGGCUGAUAGGAAGCUAAAAGAACUUGAUAGGGAGAAUGGUGGCAACCCACUUGUGGGAUUGUUCAAUAGAUUUGUUAGAGAAAAUUUGAGUAAAGAGAAAGAGAGGCUGGAGAAGGCUGAGGAGACUUUUAAGGCUCUUGACCUCAACAAGUUGAAGAGCUGUUUCGGAUUUGAUACAUUUUUUGCUACGGACGUUAGAAGGUUUGGAGAUGGAGGUAUUUUUAUUGGAAAUUUGAGGAAACCUAUUGAAGAGGUCAUUCCCAAACUGGAGAAAAAAUUGUCUGAAGCAGCAGGAAGGGAGAUUGUUGUAUGGUUUAUGGAGGAAAAGACAAAUGACAUCACAAAGCAGGCUUGUGUGGUGCAACCAAAAGCAGAAAUGGAUCUCCAGUUUGAGUCAACUAAGCUGAGCACUCCUUGGGGUUAUGUUAGCGCGAUUGUUCUGUCUGUUGCAACUUUUGGGACUAUAGCUUUAAUGAGUGGCUUCUUCCUCAAACCUGAUGCUACAUUUGAUGACUACCUAGCUAACGUUGUGCCUCUCUUUGGUGGCUUCAUUUCCAUUUUGGGAGUAUCUGAGAUAGCCACAAGGGUCACAGCAGUUCAUUAUGGUGUUAAAUUAAGCCCGUCUUUUCUUGUACCAUCCAAUUGGACAGGGUGCUUGGGGGUGAUGAACAAUUAUGAGUCAUUGCUUCCAAACAAGAAGGCUCUUUUUGACAUUCCUGUGGCUCGUACAGCUAGUGCAUAUUUGACAUCACUGGUACUUGCAAUUGCUGCUUUUGUGUCUGAUGGUGGCUUCAAUGGUGGUGAUAAUGCAUUGUAUAUAAGACCUCAGUUUUUCUAUAACAAUCCCUUGCUUUCAUUCAUCCAAUAUGUUAUUGGACCUUAUACGGAUGACCUUGGGAAUGUAUUGCCUUAUGCAGUGGAAGGUGUCGGAGUUCCUUGUGAUCCUCUUGCUUUUGCUGGACUUUUAGGAAUGGUUGUCACUUCAUUGAACUUAUUGCCAUGUGGGAGACUUGAAGGAGGUCGCAUUGCCCAAGCAAUGUUCGGUAGAAGCACUGCUACUUUGUUAUCAUUUGCCACAUCACUGUUGCUUGGCAUCGGUGGUCUGAGUGGAAGUGUACUUUGUUUGGCAUGGGGAUUAUUUGCAACCUUCUUCCGUGGUGGGGAAGAAAUACCCGCAAAGGAUGAGAUCACCCCAUUGGGAGACAACAGGUAUGCUUGGGGCUUUGUCCUUGGCCUUAUCUGUUUCCUGACUCUUUUCCCCAACGGAGGAGGGACAUUCAACAGUUCAUUUCUCAGUGAUCCGUUUUUCCGGGGCGAUUUGUAAAUGUAUGUAUAGUUACUUAUAGCAUCGACUGUAUACAUAUUUUGUUUACUCAUAUUAGUUGGUUAAUGAAACAUUUCCUAUCAAUCCCAUAACUUUUCUCUUAGAAAAAAAAAAAAAAAAAGGGGCAGGAGAUCAGGAUCUUAGUUUCUGGUUACCACCCAGUUUGGGUGAAAAAAUUGUGGAACAGCCAGAUUUGUGUAACUACAAAAACAGACAUCUGGGAUAAGUCCCUUUUUUAUAUUUGCUGUUCAAUCUCCAUUGAGUGAUAACAAUUUUUUAUCAUUUUUCAAUAUGUACUGGUUAUAUGUCAAUUUUAAU